GCCUCGCCGGCGAGAGACAGAGAGAGAGAGAGAGAUGAAGUAUAACCCUCGCGUAUCAAGCUCGCGGCGCAAGAGCCGGAAGGCGCACUUCACGGCGCCUUCGAGUGUCCGGCGAGUGCUGAUGAGCGCGCCGCUCUCCGGAGACCUACGCCACAAGUACAACGUCCGAUCGGUGCCAAUACGGAAGGACGAUGAGAUCCAGGUGGUGCGUGGGACUUUCAAGGGCCGCGAGGGUAAGGUCGUGCAGGUAUACCGCCGCCGCUGGGUUAUCCACGUUGAGCGCAUCACCAGGGAGAAGGCAAAUGGAUCCACCGUCAACGUUGGGCUUGAUCCGUCCAAGGUGGUCAUCACCAAGUUGAAGCUAGACAAAGAUCGGAAGGCGCUGCUUGAUCGCAAGGCCAAGGGGCGGGCUGCUGAUAAGGCCAAGGGGAAGUUUUCCGCCGAGGAGGUCGCUGCAGCUGGCGCGCCUUCUCUCCAGGAGGUCGAUUGAUUUAUUUCCUCUUUGAUGUUUUGGUCGUAUCUUUAUCAUUUAUGGUUCUAGGGUUUCGAAAGUGUUUAAUGUUUUUAAAAAAUUGUGACGAGGUACUGAAGUUUUGAUUAGAGUUAAUUUGUUGUGGUUUUGAUUUUGUGUUAAUUUUGCUAUCAAACUCGUGGAUUUAGUUAACUGUAUGAAUUUUUAUUGCAUCA